UUUUCUUGUACCUCGUCUCAAUUACUGGCUCCACGUAUUGCACAGGUCUAGUCGUCGGUGUACACUGCUCUUACAGAUCACAAUGGCGCCCUCAUCACAAGAGCUGUCCUUCCUUCUCGAUCCUCUCGUCCCCGAAUCUCUCACGCAUAACACGAGGACACUCUCAAACAUUCGCUCCAUCUCUGGUCUCCUCCUGGGCAUUGCUGCCGGCAUCCUGGGCCUCGAAUCGCUAGUUGGCUUUGGCUUUUACUUGGCAGCCAACCUCAUCAUAUCCGCGCUCUUCUAUUUCCUGUUAGCAGGCGCAGCACCACAGAAAUACUUCGCUGGCAGUGCGGGCACGAGAGGGCUGAAUGAGAAUGGGAAAGGGCGGAAUCAGGGCAGGGGCGCGUGGAGGGAGAUAUGGCUUGGUGGAGGGCUGUUUACAGAGGCGCUCAGUGGGUUUGUCCUGGGAUGGGCGGGCGUGGGAGGCGUGAUACGAUAAAGCAUGGGAGGGUAAGGUUACAAGCUGGUAUUGCAAGCACCGCCAUCGACAGCGAAAUCUGAGUUCAUGGUACCACAAGCUCCUCCACACCAGUGUGAUCGUAUCAACCCUGCCACGCGAAAGCCUUGCAACUCAAUCGUGUGCUGAAGGAAUGGCAACCUUGCGUCACUGUGCGCUUCGGAGGUACUUGUCGAGCGACUAUGCUGACGUGGAUUGGCGGCUGGCACCGAGAGCGACAAGGAAAAGAGACCCAACAGCCGAGCAUGAAUGCCUCCUCGAACAUCCCAAAGAAAACAAGGUACCACACAAGCACGCCGAACUCCGGCGAGCAGGCAGCAAAAUCUUUGUCCAUGACUGAAAGUCUUCUUAAUAGCCAGCAUCACACACGCCCCAAUGCCAUGAGUGCAACAGCCUGCCUCGCGCCAAUCUCUGACCAUAUCAUCAGGACGGAAAGCUGAAUCGAGUUCAUUCGAGAAUCUUUUCGAGGAGAAAUUAGGACAUUAUGGAUACGGUGCUAUGAUGAUGGCAGGAGUUAUCGACGACGCAGUUCACUUGCUAUCUGGAACUGGAGUUGUCGUAAUGUCCAGACACAGACACGCUCUUCCUUAGCGAAAGCAUCAAAAGCGAGCAACUGCGAAGGUAAAACCCGUGACAUGGCGCUAUUCAAGGCCUUGUCGUUGGGAGCGGACGAUAAAGAGCCCGGUCCAUGCCAACUAUUCGAUCCCAACAACAACAUCUUUUCAAAGCCACUAUGCCUACUCCGCAGAGUUUUCCUCCCAGUCGAUGAUGUGUAGGUCCGGUUGUUUCAUGAGUCUAUUUGACAGCUCCGGUGAAGUCGGACUUGUCCCAGCACGGGCAGCAGCUACCUGGAGGUCAUGCUGUUGGGAUCAUUGCUCGCAAUUGUUCUGGCUCUCUGGUCAGCAAUGAUCAUGCUUUCGCAGUGGAGUCACAGACGGAUCUGGCCUCUCAUCUCGCGGUACGAAUACCAUGACUGCGUCAUGGCGAGAACGAUGGCUAGGCAGAGGCCAGCAACUGCCAGAAUCGCGUCCGAUGACAUUGGUUGGGUCGUUGGUCUUUCAAGCAGUAAGUGGGAUGGCAGCUGCUUUGACUUGGUUUGAAAACUUUCUGAAAUCCGGCUACUGAAAGGGGAUUUGCUCACUACAGCAGGUGUGUUGAUCUGGACAGGGAGGAAGGAGUUAUAUAUGGCCUUUCCCUAUUCCCAGGGUCAGGGAUAGCUGCGCCAUGGUCUUGGGCUACGGGUGCGACCCUAUUCUAUGUGCUCUGCAGGCCAUGUAUGGGCCCCUGAGCGGUUGAAUCCUAUUCUAGCCCAGCCUCUCAGGACGUUGAACCAAUUAGCUCAAGGCAUCAGUGCAAAGCAGCCUCUGAGCCCUGCCACAAAAUCAUUAUCUUCGUCACAACAUUCGUAUAAGUGCGAUAUUCAUGCCUGCUGAGGUCAUCUACGCCAAGAUUCACAGGAAGCUGCAGA